AUGGAAAAGGUCAUGCUUCUUUGGCAUCAGGCAUACUCUCACGCUUCUAAACUGCAAACACCCGAAAACAUCGUGGUCGCCCACUCAAUUCAACACAGGCUUCCACCCUUUUCUCCUGACAAACCCCUCUACCCCCUCGUCCCUCAAGACCUCGCCCCCCUUGCGUCCCGUGACGAUGCUCCUCUCCACGUCCGGGCCGCGGACGUGAAAUGGAAACCUCAGCCUCCCGCUUUCAUCGACCUCUCCUCUUCCUUCCCGCCCCCUUCCACUGCAACUCCCACUACCAUCCCUUGGAACCCAGACCCGCUUCUCCCCGACGUGCCUCCUCUCGAACCCGCACCCCUCCCGGUCGAGCGAGAGGUACCACCGCCGCUGGUACACGCUGCCGACGCUGUUCUCCGCGCCUUUGUACGCGUUCGUGCGCCGGACGUGCUCGUCCUCGAGCUCCCGGAUCUCCUGCUCCAUCGCCGACAACUCUCUCUUCCCUUCCUCCUCAUCGUUCUCGCCGCGAUUCCCCUCUCCAAGCGGGUCGGGUACCACGUCCCAUCCCCCUCGUCCCCAGACGACCCCUCGGAACCCGUCUCGACAACAUCCCGCUUCCUCGUCUUCGCCUGCCCACCCCCUCUCCUCCGCCUCACAGGCCUCCCCAUCGCCCUCGCACUCUUCCGCCUCCCCUCCGCGUCUUCGCCCUUUGUCAACCUCAAAUUCAACACGUACCUCUCCGGGAGCCUACUCCCAAACAACCUCACCCGAAUCUUCCUCUCCCCAAACGCCCUCUCCAACUUUUCCUGCUCCUCCCAGACAACCAAGCUUCCCGUCCCCGCACUCCCCGUCUCCACGACGUGGUUCCACAGACAGUGCACCCUCGUCUCCGUCGCGUUCCGGUUCAGCCGCCCCGAGUUCGGGUCCCCCGGCAGCCCGUACAUCACCGCCCAGCUCACGCUGCUCCCGGAGGUCGUAGUGCACGCCCGCGACCGGGUGGUCGUGCUGGUGCACCACAAAGUGCGCGCCGCGCCGGGACCCGGCGUGCGCGAGGAAGAGGCCCCGCAGGGAGGCGUCCGCCGCGAGGCGCGGUGUGCGGGCGGGUAA